UCUUUUUCAGCCUGGAAAAUCAUGCCGUUCCAGAGGUCCUCGUUGAUGGUCCAUCGUCAGGUGUACCUCGUGGUGAGAUGAGACUCAAUCAGCUUCACUUGACAAAAUUUCGUUUACGUUUCCCGUUUUCUGGAUCGACUCGUGUCGUGCGUAAAGCAUGGAAUGCAGCUAAUAUUAACGAACUUUGGAAAGAGACAAUGUGGGCCAAGAAAGUUGAAGCCAAAAAGAAGCGUGCAGAACUUAGCGAUUUUGACCGCUUCAAGCUGCGUAAAGCAAGGCAGAUAAGAAAUAAAUUACGGACAGAUGCGUUUUACAGAUUAAAAAAGAAAACUAAGAAAGUUAAAGCCGGCGAUGCAGCGAGUAAAAGCGCGAAGAAAGCUGAAAAGAAAUAAAUGACAUUUUGAAUUAAAUACAAGAUUAUUUUAUGAAA